AUCUCUUCACUGCAGCAUGAGGAGGAAGGAAGCAGCGAAGUGAAAAACAAAGAGGCUGGCUGGCCAAAACAGUAAAACUAGAUGUGACUGAAAUGCUGCUGAAAUGUUAAUGUGAAAUGUAAGAUCUGCAUGAAUUAGGGAUAUUUACUGGUCACUACACACAUACAAAUCUCAUCAUGGGCCAGCUGCUCUCAUCAGAAGAAGAGCUUCCUCAAGUGAGGGAUGCGAUUGGUUCUCUCCUCUACGAUGCCAUGUUGGAAGGCGGCGCCGUACCUGACCUCGGAGUCGUCCACCCACUCCUCCUGGCCAAUCACGGCGAGAGCUUCGACUCCCGCGCCGGCCUCCAGGAACAACUGCAACAGCUGCAGGCCGACAUUGGGAACAAGGCACCCACAUACCUGAGGGAUCUGAUUGGCCGGUUGUCAACCUUCUCAGAUGAGCCCCGCCUGGCUGGGCUGGUGGGAUUAGUGGUUACUAUGGUGAUGGAUAUGGCCUACACAUCCUCAAAGCAGUCAUCAGGUGCGAAAGGGAAGUCAGCGGGGUCAUCAUCAUGCCAGCAGAGAGUCUGGGAGCUUCAGGAGGUGAUGGAGGAGUAUCUGAAGCGCUGUAGGAUCAACCUGAACGACAAAAACAAGCUGAUCCAGGACUCUGUCAGACUUGAGGCCCAGCUCAGUCUCACCCUCACCCAGCUAAAGACCUGUCUGCUGGGGGGAGGCUGUGACUCCAGGUCUCUAAGGCACUGGGCGAGCGGGGCAGCAUUUAACACCCAGAUGUUGGUUCACCUGGCUGCUCUUGAGGGUAAGGCUGAGCCCCUGGCUGCAAGGGCAGCACUGGAGCAAUACAAGGAAGACCUGGCACAGAUCAUACCUGCUUACAGGCGUUAUAAGUCUAAUACAGUGUGUGUGGUUAAAUGUCGCGGGGGUCUUCAGGCUUCAUGCGACCCCUCCAGUGAGGUGUCAGAGGAGGGAUCCAUGACGGGACUCACAGUGACAGACAGAGAAACAGGAAAGAGUGUGACCAUCCCUCUAACUACCAUGGAGGCAGAGACAGGGAGAAGAAGGAGAGUCUCUGGGCCUUAUACCACCUCUGCAACUGUGUCCUGCUCCAUUAACCUGGACCUAAUCACCUCAGAUCAGUACGCCCAGGCAUACCUAGACCAUUUGUUCUCUGACAAGGGACCUGUGGCAGAGCUGGAGAACUACUUUAACAAGGCUAGUGACAAUCUGAGAACUCUAAGAACUCAACCAGGAUGCAAAAACAAGACAUGGGUGAGAAAUGGGAAAGAACAAAGUGGUGGAGUGCAUCUUAAAGACCAGGCAGAGGGUGUAAAUGGAGAGCAAAGAGUGGACAGGGGAAAAGGUGAUAAACAGGACGAAAUGGAAAGGAGAGGAAGACGAGAAGAGGCGGAGGAACGCGAGCAGAGAGAUGAAAGUUUGAAACUGAGUAUUGUGGAAACACAGCUGGAAUAGAGACUCGAUCACAGUCUUCACAGUGCGACAAGUGCAUGAAAGCCAUGACUUGACAGCAGCAAUCAUAAGAUGUCAGUCAUAUACUGAAGAGAAACAGAAUGGUAGUUUUACUGAUUUGUCUGCAAUGCUUUAUACGACAAAGUGACACCAGCCUUAGCCAAAUAUGAAUUCUGGAUUUAUAUGUCAUUUCUAAUCGGUUUCACACAUUUUACUGACACAUAUUCGUUAGUCAAUUUCAUGUUUACAAGCUGCAAGAAAAGUGUUGCCUGCAAAGCUAAAUACUCUGGCACGCAACGUGUGUCACCUAUUUCCUUUUUCCCUGUUUGUAUAUUUGCUCAAUACUGAAGUACAAAGAAAACAAACAAAUAAAUAAAUAAGAAUCAUGAAAAAAA